CCGCAGGUGAUGUUGAAGGUCACCUUUAGGAACCUUUGGAACACACCUGUAUCAGGACUAAGAAGUAUGUCACAGAGCAGCCUUGCAGGGAAAGUAGCCAUUGUCACAGCCUCGACGGCCGGUAUCGGCCUGGCCGCGGCCAAAGCCUUGGGCAAGAGGGGGGCGCACGUGGUGGUGAGCAGCAGGCGCCAAGCCGGUGUCGAAAAGGCAGUUGCCCUGCUGCAGAGCCAGAACAUCCAGGUCACCGGCACCACCUGCAACGUCGGGAAUGAAGGCGACCGGGAACGACUACUUCAGACGACUCUGGAUCAGUAUGGAGGCGUCGACAUCCUGGUGUCCAAUGCAGCAGUGAACCCUUUUUUCGGAAACCUCAUGGACACAACUGAAGAGGUUUGGGACAAGAUUAUGUCCGUGAAUGUGAAAGCGGCCUUCCUCUUGACCAAACUGGUGGUGCCUCACAUGGUAAAAAGGGGGGGCGGGAAUGUUGUUUUCGUGUCGUCCGUGGCUGCCUACCAACCAAUGCAGGGUUUGGGUGCGUACAGCGUGAGCAAGACCGCCUUGGUGAGCUUAACCCGGGCGCUGGCCCCAGAGCUGGCUCAGAGCAACAUCAGGGUGAACUGCGUAGCCCCUGGCAUCAUUAAAACCCACUUCAGCGCCCCGUUGUGGCAAAAUGACGACAUCAUGGACACCUUCAAAAAUCAGAUGUGUAUUAAAAGAGUUGGCGAGGCGGAUGAAAUCGGUGGAACGGUCGCAUUCCUGUGCUCGGACGAGGCAUCGUACAUUACGGGAGAAACCGUCGCGGUUACGGGCGGAAUCGGCUGUCGACUGUGA